AUAUCGAGUCCCUGAAAGCUCUGUCGUACGCGGUCACAUUUCCGGAUUGAGUUAUCUCCGUCACAACCCCGACCCCAAAAGCGAUGCCUCUGAAAUGGUAUUGGGUUUUGAAUUGGCAGCCCAAUGCUGGAUCAACCGUUAACAGCCAAAUCCUAAACGAAGUUACACAAUGCGUUGAGAGCAUCAAUGGCGUCAAAGAAGGUCGUUGGAAAGCUACUCUCACUUUUUACAAACCCAUGUUACGAGAUCAAGCGUUAUCCGCCGAAUUCCCGCGUGACUUCCUAGGGAUUUCGCUUCCUGAGCAACCCAACAAGUAUUAUUUCAUACUUCGAGGUCAUAAGAUUGUUCUGGAAGCGGAUUCUUCUAUUCAGUUGAUAAUGGAGAAAUUGCAGUCUUAUAAAUCCAGGGUUGCCCUUAAUUUCGAGGGGUUUCAAUAUCAACUAGGCGACUUUCAAUUGAGAGUAGGGAAAGUUGUACCUAAUCAAUCUGAAAGUUUGAGAGGAAUAGUUAUGGAGGUGGAGUAUCUUCCCAUUUCUUCAAUAGAGAAAUCCAGACAAAUCAUGGAGGAGUUUGUUGAUAUUUGGCAAGAUGCCGUGUCCAAACGAUCAUUGCCAGGCCAUUUUAUGCAUUUAGAACCGAACUUUUCAGAUUAUGGCCUUGCAGAUCACUAUACGUCACAACACACAGCUGUUCAGUACACUCAUGUCAUGGCUCAUCUUAUUGCAUCAGGUCAAGCUGUACAAGCAGCAAGAAAUUAGGAUAUUGUUGUUAGUCCACCCAGAUCCAAAGGGAUAUAGAGAGAGUUUAAGAUGAUCAUGUUUGUUACUUGUAUGACUGGAUUCAAUCUCAAGGACUUGGAAAUGCUGGUUUUGGGGUUCAACUCAUGGAUUCUUUUGCAUCAUAUUCUUUAGUUUAAAUAAUUGCUCUUUAGUUUGUAGAAAAUUUAGAAAGAAACAGAUAAAGGAAAUGGAAGAAGAAUAAGUAGACUUGGGAUAAGCUUAAAAGCAAGCAUGUAUGUCUGAUACAGUUAAAUGCAACCACUGCUAUAAAAUACCAAACU